GCUAGAGCUAGAAUUCGUAGAGUCGUAGAAGUGCUUUCUUGUCCUUGACUGCUGGUGAGGGGCCAUGGGCAACGGCUGUUGAUGACAGCCCUUGAAGAGAGUUCCGGUUACGCCAUACCCCCAAGCGAAUCGCGGCAGCUUGGGGCUGAAGAAUUGGAAAUUGCAGUGGUGGGCGUGAGUGGAGAUGGGUUCAAGGUCCGAGUGCCCAAGUCCUUGACUGCCUCUGAGCUUCGAAAUAUCAUCCGGGAUCGACUUCCGCUGAAAGCUGGAGCAAGAGUUGUGGUGAUGAAAGGCUCUCAGAAGCUUUCAUUAUCGAAGACUCUGGCCCAAGAAGGGCUGGUGCAAGAGAAACCAACUUCUUUGUCCUACGCCUAUGAGGUGACUAACCUGCAGGAGGCUUGGAGAUGUUUCCAAGAACGCCCUGUCGACGAUGAGUCGAUAGCCCUCGAGGGGAUACUGCAGCUACGAGGGCUGAGAAAGCUAGCUCAGCUAAAGAACCUUGUCACCCUCAAAGACCUUGCCUUUGGCGACGAGUUCAACCAGAGUUUGCAGGGAGUGGUUUGGCCCAGCGGCCUUCAAAGUCUUUCCUUUGGCUCUCAGUUCAACCAGAGCCUGGAAGGAGUGGCUUGGCCCAGCGGCCUUCAAAGUCUUUCCUUUGGCUAUGAGUUCAACCAGAGCAUGGAAGGAGUGGCUUGGCCCAGCGGCCUUCAAAGUCUUUCCUUUGGUGACCGGCCUUCAAAGUCUUUCCUUUGGUUUUAAGUUCAACCAGAGCCUGGAAGGAGUGGCUUGGCCCAGCGGCCUUCAAAGUCUUUCCUUUGGCUAUGAGUUCAACCAGAGCCUGGAAGGAGUGGCUUGGCCCAGCGGCCUUCAAAGUCUUUCCUUUGGUUUUAAGUUCGACCAGAGCCUGGAAGGAGUGGCUUGGCCCAGCGGCCUUCAAAGUCUUUCCUUUGGUUUUGAGUUCGACCAGAGCCUGGAAGGAGUGGCUUGGCCCAGCGGCCUUCAAAAUCUUUCCUUGGGUAAAAAGUUCGACCAGAGCCUGGAAGGAGUGGCUUGGCCCAGCGGCCUUCAAAGUCUUUCCUUUGGUUUUAAGUUCAACCAGAGCCUGGAAGGAGUGGCUUGGCCCAGCGGCCUUCAAAAUCUUUCCUUUGGUGACGAGUUCAACCAGAGCCUGGAAGGAGUGGCUUGGCCCAGCGGCCUUCAAAGUCUUUCCUUUGGCUAUGAGUUCAACCAGAGCAUGGAAGGAGUGGCUUGGCCCAGCAACCUUCACCGCAUUUCUUGUUGGUCUUGGGCUCUGAAGAGAGCGAAUUGGCCAAGCAGCUUUCUGUGUUUGGAGGUUACGGGCCCGAGAUCUGAAGCAGUGGAAAUGGAUAUUCCUGAAGGGUUGCAAAAGUUUGCGUACACUGUUUAUGAGGACGAGGACGUGGAAGACACAUGGAUGAUUUCCACAUUGGACAUUUCCACAUUGUAGAAGAAGCACGGCUACGAGUGACCAAAAAAGCCCUCC